UGUACUCGGAAGAGAAGUCCAAGAAUAAAUCCAAGAAGAGGGCUAAUAUCAAUAAGGUUACUAUAGAUUCAAGCUCUGAGUCAGGUUCAGAUAUUAACUCUUCUGAUAAUGAUUCUCUGGAUCUGUUUCGGAAGAAUCCUCAACUAAAUCCGAUGAUAUCUAUUCAAAAGAUCAUACUAAAUAUGCUUGAUGGUAUCGCACCUAUAGAUUGGAUAGAGAAACUCAAAUUCAAGAUCGAUAAUCCAUCUAGUAUCCCCCCAUCUACUUCAAAACCGGACUUUAUAAAUUAUCGAGAACCAGUUUCCGAGUCAGAUGGCGAAGAAGAGACAUUGGACGAUCCUAUGGAAAUGGAUCUCGUCCAAAAGAAAGAACCAGCUACAGAUGUUGUUACCACAAAGUGCAAAAUCAAAAAAUUAGUAAUUCCAGCAGCCACAGUAGACCCUGGUGCAAAUUUCCCAAUAUGA